AGCAAAGCGGUCUAGAGGAACUUUAGCAAAGCAGGAGAACCAUGGAGACGUCAAGAAUAACACUGAUCAUUAGCCUGUGCUUCCUCAGUAGCCUGGGUCCGCACCAUGCAUCUGCUUUUAACCUGGAUAAUACCAACGUUCUGAGGAAAAACGGAGAUGCGGAGAGUCUGUUCGGAUAUUCACUCGAAAUGCACCAACAACUCAAACCCACAGAUCAGCAACUCUUACUCAUCGGUGCUCCACAUGCGAAAGCCUUACCGAGUCAGAAAGCCAACAUAACUGGAGGUCUCUAUCGCUGUAAGUUCACAACACAGCAGGAUGACUGUGAACGGAUCUCCAUAGAUACUGAAGAUGCAAGGCCAGGACAGGGAUUUGAUCACCGGGAAAACCAGUGGAUGGGUGUUUAUGUGAAAAGCCAGGGGCCAGGAGGAAAAGUGGUGGUUUGUGCUCACCGCUACCAGCAGUGGAUACAUAACAAUCGGCUGGUACUGGGCAGGUGCUUCAUUUUGGAACAGAACUUGGCUGUUGAAGACACGAGGACGUUCUGCAGAAACCGACCCAUAGCUAAGGACCAGUUCGGUUACUGUCAGCAGGGCGUCUCUGCAGCUUUCACCAAAGACAAGAAGUAUAUAGUGUUCUCAGGGCCAGGUGCUUACGACUGGAAAGGUACUGUCCGCAUGGAGCCUAUUGAAGACUUUCUUCUAGAUUCCUACGAAACUGGAGAAGAGAAUCUGUUCAGUGAAGGGAACAUCCCUUUGACCCUCAGCAGUUAUUUAGGUUUUGCUCUGGACUCAGGAACAAAUCUGAUAAAGAAAGGAGAGCAGGUUAUAGUGGCAGGAGCACCACGCUCCAAUCUCAGUGGAGAAAUUCUUAUCUUAAAGCCUGAAGCUGUGGAAGAUCAGAGGAGUUUGCGCGUAGUUCAUAUUCUCCAUGGCCCGGGAUUGGCGUCCUCUUUUGGCUACUCACUGGCUGUAAUUGACCUUAAUGCAGACGGAUGGGACGAUCUUGUAGUUGGUGCUCCUCAGUACAGCCCGACGGACAUGGACGCAGGAACAGGAGGCGCUGUUUACAUCUACAUAAACCGUCGGGACGGGCAAGACUGGGACCGGUUACAGCCAGACAUUCUCACUGGCAACAAAGACUCCAUGUUUGGAAUAGCUGUGGAACACAUUGGGGACAUCAAUCAGGACGGAUACAAUGAUUUUGCAGUUGGAGCCCCUUAUGAUAAUGAUGGUGAUGGAGCAGCGUACAUUUACCUCGGCAGAACUGGACCUUUUUCACAAAAAGUCAACCAAGUUUUACAGGCUAAAGGCCAUAAAAUCAAGCUGUUCGGCUAUUCUCUAACUGGAAACAUGGAUAUAGAUGGGAACGGCUACCCAGACCUGGCUGUGGGCUCACUUUCUGACAGUGUACUUAUCUACAGAGCUAAACCAGUGAUUAGCAUUGAGAAAUCUUUGACAAUAACGCCUACAGAGAUGAACUUUCAAGAUCAGGACUGCCAGAAAGGUCACUGCAUUAUAACAGCUGAAUCCUGUUUCUCCUACACGACCUAUCCAGAGACAUAUAGCCCCAGACUGCAGAUGGUCUACAAGCUGAACGCUGAUAAACAUUGGGUUCAAGACGGCCAUAAGUCCCGCUUAGUCUUCCAGAGUAAUCACAAAGGAAACAUUGUGCUGCCGGCGCAAGGUCAAAAACAAUGUGUGCAAAGUCACCUCCGACUCCGGUCCAAUACAGAGAACAAGCUUACAGAAAUCCCUGUUAGCGUGUCGGUGUCUCUGCCGCAGUACAGUCCUCCUCAGAAACUGAGCCGCAGUUCUCUACCUGCUCUUCAACCAUCGCUCAAUGAUCUCCAGCCUCAAGAAAGCACAGCUAAAUUCAUGUUUUUGAACCCUGGCUGUGGGAGAGAUAAUAUCUGUCAGAGUAACCUGCAGCUGCAGUACAGCUUCUGCACCAGAGACCAACAUCGGGACUCGUGUUCACCACUGGCCAAACAGGAUGGAGUGGCAGUAAUCUUCCCCGGUGCUGAGAACACAGCCCUGGAGCUCACUAUAACAAAUCACGAUGGAGAUGACGCUCAUCUCGCUCAACUGAUCGCAAACUUUCCAGAAUCUCUUCCUUUAUCAUCGUUCAUCCUCAAACAAGAUAGCACAGUGAACGUGCAGUGUGAUAUAGAAGAGAGUAAAACGAGAGCGGAAUGUAAUAUAGGAAAUCCCUUGAAAAGAAAUGCAGAGGUAACAUUUUAUCUCUUGCUAAACACGGAUCGUCUGACCCCAAGCAUAACGGACGUCAACGUGACCCUGAACCUCCAGACGAUCAGUGUGCAAAAUAUUUCAGAAAUUGUUGCAGAGGCACAGGUUUUCUUUGAGCUGUAUCUGCAAGUGUUUGGCCUGGCGAAACCUUCUCAGCUGUACUAUCCAGAAACAGGGAAGAACAAAUCGAAUGAGGAGAUCGGAGAACCUGUGCAGUACGAGUUUACAAUCAGUAACAUGGGUCGACCUCUGAAGUCCUUCGCCUCCGCGACCCUUAACAUCCAGUGGCCGAAGGAGAAUAAAGAAGGCAAGGGGCUCCUGUACCUGCUGGAGAUCACCGGACCGAACAACCAGAGCAUUCCCUGCAGCCCAGCUUCGGAAAUCAACCCUCUCAAACGUACUCAGGAGGUGAGGUUCAGAGAAAAACGGCAAGCAGAAGGUGAAGCGAAGGUUUCAGCUCUCAGCACUGAAGGACUCCUGUCUUUAUUUGGAAGCAAACGACAUUACAAAUAUCUGACAUGUGAUGAUGAGUUAAAGUGUGUGGAGAUCAGAUGCCCCCUAAAGGCAGCAGACAGAACUGCAGUUACCCUGCACUCAAGACUGUGGAGCAGCACUUUUGUUGAGGAAUACCGUUCUCUGAAUUAUCUAGACAUUGUCCUAAAUGCUUCUCUCAGUCUUGACGGAUCUCAAAAGAACAUCCGGCUUCAGCAAUCUCAAACUCAGGUCAGACUAACAGUGUUCCCAGAAAAAAAGCCGUCUUUUCUCAGUCGAGACCCCUUUUGGGUGAUUCUGCUCAGUGUGGUGCUCGCACUCUUGCUACUCAGCGUCCUGAUCUACUUCCUGUCCAAGCUGGGAUGCCUCGACUGUGCAAUGUGUACCGAAGAUCAAGAAUAUCACACCGUCAAGUAAAAACCAUACUACAAAAUAAACGUCCAUCGAGGAAAACUGAAAGGAAGGACUUUUGUGGAGUG